AUGGUAAAUGAAAGCAAAAACAUGUACAUCCCGGAGGACACCCUUGAGAACCAUCAAGGCUCCGACUACUCCCCCCCUCCUCCCGUCCCUCACCCCCCUGCCCCCGCCCUGACCAACGAGCACCCCGGCGGCAAGCAUGAUGGCGGCGGGGUCAACCACGGCGUGGUGGGAGUGGUGGGCCUGGCACCGGAGCACAUGGCCACGCCGGGCGCCGCCCUGAGCUGGCAGGCGGCCAUCGACGCAGCCCGCCAGGCCAAGAUGAUGGGCAACGCGGCCUCGGGCGGCGCGGUGGGGCUGGCGGCGGGAGGGGGCGGGCCCAUCUCCACGGCCAGCUCCACACAACGCAAGCGGCAACACUACAGCGCCAAGCCCAAGAAGCCCACCACCACAACAGCCACGCGGCCCCCUCGGGCGUUGCUCUGCCUCACGCUCAAGAACCCUAUUCGUCGGGCCUGCAUCAGCAUCGUGGAGUGGAAACCCUUCGAGAUCAUCAUCCUGAUGACCAUUUUCGCCAACUGUGUGGCCUUAGCCGUCUACAUCCCCUUCCCUGAGGACGACUCCAACGCCACCAACUCCAAUCUGGAGCGUGUGGAGUAUCUGUUCCUCAUCAUCUUCACCGUGGAGGCGUUCCUCAAGGUGAUAGCCUACGGCCUGCUCUUCCACCCAAAUGCCUACCUGAGGAACGGCUGGAAUCUGCUCGACUUCAUCAUCGUCGUUGUGGGGUUAUUCAGCGCAAUCUUGGAGCAGGCCACCAAGGGCGACGGAGCAGCUCCAAUCGGAGGAAAGGCGGCCGGCUUCGACGUCAAAGCUCUUCGGGCGUUCCGAGUAUUGCGACCGCUCCGACUGGUCUCCGGAGUACCCAGUUUACAGGUAGUGUUGAACUCCAUCAUUAAAGCCAUGGUCCCUCUGCUCCACAUCGCCCUGCUGGUCCUCUUCGUCAUCAUUAUCUACGCCAUCAUCGGCCUGGAGCUCUUCAUGGGCAAGAUGCACAAGACCUGCUAUCACGAGCACAUAGCCACGUUAGCUGAGGAAAAACCGGCGCCGUGCGCGCCCAACUGGGCGUACGGGCGACACUGUCAUGUCAACGGGACCGAGUGCAGAAUGGGCUGGGAGGGUCCCAACGAUGGCAUCACCAACUUCGACAACUUUGCCUUUGCCAUGUUGACCGUGUUCCAGUGCAUCACCAUGGAGGGCUGGACGGACGUGCUGUAUUGGAUGCAGGAUGCUAUGGGCUAUGAGCUGCCGUGGGUCUAUUUUGUCUCUCUCGUCAUCUUCGGCUCCUUUUUCGUCCUCAAUCUUGUUCUGGGGGUGUUGAGUGGAGAGUUUUCCAAGGAGAGGGAAAAGGCCAAAGCCCGUGGCGACUUCCAGAAACUCAGAGAAAAACAGCAGCUGGAGGAGGAUCUCAAGGGCUACUUAGACUGGAUCACUCAGGCUGAAGACAUCGACCCAGAGAACGAAGAGGAGGGUCUGGAUGAUGAUAAACCAAGAAAUUUGAGCAUGCCAGCCAGUGAGAACGAAUCGGUCAACACGGACAACGCGCCCGGAGGCGACGUUGAAGGCGAAACCUGCUGUACCCGGCUAGCAAAUAGGAUCUCCAAAUCCAAGUUCAGUCGCUAUUCUCGAAGAUGGAAUCGGCUGUGCAGGCGCAAGUGUCGUGCGGCGGUCAAAUCGCAGGUUUUCUAUUGGCUGGUCAUCUUCCUGGUUUUCCUCAACACUCUGACCAUCGCCUCGGAACAUCACCAGCAGCCUCAGUGGUUAACAGACAUACAAGACAUAGCCAACAAGGUGUUAUUAGCACUCUUCACUGGUGAAAUGCUGUUGAAGAUGUACAGUCUGGGCCUUCAGGCGUACUUCGUGUCGCUCUUCAACCGCUUCGACAGCUUUGUCGUCUGCGGAGGGAUCCUGGAGACCAUCCUGGUGGAAACCAAGAUCAUGUCGCCUCUUGGCAUCUCUGUGCUGCGUUGUGUACGCUUGCUAAGGAUCUUCAAAAUAACUAGAUACUGGAACUCUCUCUCCAACUUGGUGGCCUCCUUGCUGAACUCUGUCCGCUCCAUCGCCUCCCUGCUGCUCCUGCUCUUCCUCUUCAUCAUCAUCUUCUCCCUGCUGGGCAUGCAGCUUUUUGGCGGCAAGUUCAACUUCGAGGAAACCCGACGGAGCACUUUUGACAAUUUCCCCCAGUCGCUGUUGACAGUCUUCCAGAUCUUAACCGGAGAAGACUGGAACUCUGUGAUGUAUGACGGAAUCAUGGCGUAUGGUGGACCCUCAUUCCCCGGCAUGCUGGUCUGCAUUUACUUCAUCAUCUUAUUCAUUUGCGGAAACUAUAUACUACUGAACGUCUUCUUGGCUAUCGCCGUUGACAAUCUGGCCGAUGCUGAGAGCUUGACGUCCGCCCAGAAGGAGGAAGAGGAGGAGAAAGAGAGGAAAAAACUGGCCAGGCUGAGCACUCCUGACAAGCGGCAAAACAACGAGAAGCCACCACUGGAAGAGGAGAAGAGAGAGAAGAUUGAGCUCAAAUCCAUCAAUUCUGACGGAGAAACCAACACAUCCACAAAAAUCAACAUGGACGAUUACUGUGGCGACGAAAGUGAAGAGAAGAAUCCGUACCCUGCUAAUGAUUACUUAGGCGACGAAGAUGACGAGGAGCCCGAUGUGCCGGUGGGUCCGAGGCCGCGACCGCUCUCCGACAUCCAGCUGAAGGAGAAGGCGGUUCCCAUGCCGAAAGCCCGGGCCUUCUUUAUCUUCAGCCACACCAACAAAUUCAGGGUCCUGUGCCAUAAAAUCGUCAACCACAACAUCUUCACCAACCUCAUCCUCUUCUUCAUCCUGCUCAGUAGUAUUAGUCUUGCAGCGGAGGAUCCGGUUAAGAAUGACUCCUUCAGAAAUGAGAUCCUGGGUUAUGCAGACCACGUCUUCACGGGGCUUUUCACCAUUGAGAUCAUCCUCAAGAUGACGGCCUACGGAGCCUUCCUCCACAAAGGCUCGUUCUGCAGGAACUAUUUCAACAUUCUUGACCUUGUGGUGGUCAGCGUUUCUCUCAUUUCUUCUGGGAUCCAUCUAGACUUCUCGAAGUCCAGCGCAAUCAAUGUGGUGAAGAUCCUGCGAGUUCUUCGAGUGCUCCGACCUCUGCGGGCCAUCAACAGAGCCAAAGGCCUGAAGCAUGUGGUGCAGUGCGUUUUUGUGGCCAUCAGGACCAUCGGCAACAUCGUCAUCGUCACCACGUUGCUCCAGUUCAUGUUCGCCUGCAUCGGAGUGCAGCUUUUCAAGGGCAAGUUCUUCUUCUGCUCAGACAGUUCAAAACAAACAAAGGCAGAGUGCAGAGGCUCGUACAUCAAGUACAAAGAUGGCGACGUGGCCAAGCCCGAAAGAGCUCUGAGACUUUGGGAGAACAGCGAGUUUAACUUUGACGACGUGCUGCAAGGCAUGAUGGCUCUGUUCGCCGUGUCCACUUUUGAGGGCUGGCCGGGGCUCCUGUACAAGGCCAUCGACUCUCACACCGAGGACGUGGGGCCUAUCUACAACUACCGCGUGGUCAUUUCCAUCUUUUUCAUCAUUUACAUUAUCAUCAUCGCCUUCUUCAUGAUGAACAUCUUCGUGGGUUUCGUCAUCGUCACCUUCCAGGAGCAGGGAGAGCAGGAGUAUAAGAACUGCGAGCUGGACAAGAAUCAGCGUCAGUGCGUCGAGUAUGCGCUCAAGGCCCGCCCCCUGCGCCGAUACAUCCCUAAGAACCCGUACCAGUAUAAGGUGUGGUAUGUGGUCAACUCCACAUACUUUGAGUACCUGAUGUUCACGCUCAUCCUUCUCAACACCAUCUGUCUGGCCAUGCAGCAUCAUGGUCAGACAAAGAACUUCAACGAUGCCAUGAACAUCCUCAACAUGCUCUUCACUGGGCUUUUCACUGUGGAGAUGAUCCUCAAGUUGAUCGCCUUUAAGCCCAGGGGGUACUUUAGUGAUCCCUGGAAUGUGUUUGAUUUCCUCAUCGUAAUUGGCAGCAUAAUAGACGUCAUUCUCAGUGAGAUCAACCAUUAUUUUAUUGAUGCAUGGAACACGUUUGAUGCCUUGAUAGUUGUGGGUAGCUGUGUUGACAUAGCGAUCACUGAGGUUAACCCAGCUGACUCCUCCUCGUCCUCCUCCUCUUCGUCCUCCUCCUCUUCCUCCUCUCACCCCCAUGUGGUAAGAACAAUGGGGCUGCAGAACUCUGAAGAGAGCGCCCGCAUCUCCAUCACCUUUUUCCGGCUUUUCCGUGUCAUGCGGUUGGUGAAGCUGCUCUCCCGUGGGGAAGGAAUCCGGACACUACUAUGGACUUUCAUCAAGUCCUUCCAGGCUCUACCUUACGUCGCAUUGCUCAUCGUGAUGCUCUUCUUCAUAUACGCCGUCAUUGGCAUGCAGAUGUUUGGCAAGAUAGCGCUGCGGGACUACACGCAGAUCAACAGGAACAACAAUUUCCAGACGUUCCCCCAGGCAGUGUUGCUGCUUUUCAGAUGUGCGACGGGUGAGGCGUGGCAGGAGAUCAUGCUGGCGUGCUCGCCCAAUCGGCCGUGCGAGAAAGGCUCCACCAAUGAAAACAUCACCAUCCAUGAAGACUGCGGGAGCCAGUUUGCAAUCAUCUACUUUGUCAGCUUCUACAUGCUCUGUGCCUUUCUGAUCAUCAAUCUGUUCGUGGCUGUCAUUAUGGACAACUUUGACUACCUGACUCGGGAUUGGUCCAUCCUGGGGCCGCAUCAUCUCGAUGAGUUCAAGAGGAUCUGGGCAGAGUACGACCCUGAAGCCAAGGGGAGGAUCAAGCAUCUGGAUGUUGUGACCCUGCUCCGAAGAAUCCAGCCUCCGCUCGGCUUCGGAAAGCUCUGUCCUCACCGGGUCGCCUGCAAGCGUCUGGUAUCCAUGAACAUGCCCCUGAACAGUGACGGAACUGUCAUGUUCAACGCCACGCUGUUUGCGCUGGUUAGAACCGCACUGAGGAUCAAGACAGAAGGUAACUUGGAGCAGGCCAACGAGGAACUGAGGGCUAUCGUGAAGAAGAUCUGGAAGAGAACCAGCAUGAAACUCUUGGAUCAAGUGGUGCCUCCUGCUGGUGAUGACGAGGUGACCGUCGGAAAGUUCUACGCCACCUUCCUUAUUCAGGAGUAUUUCCGCAAGUUCAAGAAGAGGAAAGAACAAGGGCUGGUGGCCAAAGUGCCCCCCAAAACCGCCCUUUCUCUGCAGGCGGGCCUGCGGACGUUGCAUGACAUCGGUCCGGAGAUUAGGAGGGCCAUCUCCGGAGACUUGACGGUGGAGGAGGAGGUAGACAAAGGCCUGAAGGAGCCAGUGUCAGCUGCGUCCGAGGACGAUAUCUUCAGGGUAAAGCGGUCGGGCGGUUUGUUUGGCAACCACGUCAACUACUACAAUCAGAGCGACGGCCGCGCCUCCUUCCCGCAGUCGUUCACCACCCAGCGUCCAUUGCACAUCAGCCAGAAGGGCUCCCCGUGCGAAGGCGAGAGCCCGUCUCAUGAAAAGCUCGUGGACUCCACCACCUUCACGCCGUCCUCGUACUCCUCGUCGGGCUCCAACGCCAACAUCAACAACGCCAACAACACUGGCAUGGUGGGCGUGGCCCCGCAGGGUGGCGGCCGCUUCCCCAGCCCAUCCAUCAGUACGGUGGACGGCCACACGGGACAGCCGCUCACGCCCAUCCUGCUGCCCAGAUCGGCCUGGUGCUUCCCUCCGAAAAGGAUGACUUUUUUUGACAACCUCAUUCGCUCCGACUCGAGCGACAGCCGCCUGCCGAUCAUCCGCCGAGGGGAAGGGUCCACGGAGGAGACGUACGAUGAGAGCGAGUUCCACGAGGACGACCAUUCACUCUCGUCCGACAUGCUGGUGUACCACGAUGACACCUGCAAGCAAUUGACUCCCAUGGAGGAAGGAGACGAUGCGGAGGAGAGAAGAGGAGGGGGAGGGUGGCAAUCUCCCAGAAGAGUCUUCCUCUGCCCAACCUCUUUAGGGCGGAGAUCAUCUUUCCAUUUAGAGUGCUUGAGGAGGCAAUCGAGACCAGACGUAUCGCAGAAGACGGCUGUGCCGCUACACCUCGUCCAUCAUCAGGCGCUAGCGGUGGCUGGGCUGAGUCCAUUGAUAAGGAGGAGCCACUCGCCCACCCUUUUCAGUCGACUGUGCUCCACGCCUCCAGCCAGUCCCACAGGGCAAGGCAGGGACGCCUCGUUUCAGCGAGUACCCUCGUUGAGGUUAGAGGGCUCCAACUCCCACGAAAAGCUAAACACCAGCUUGCCCUCGGUCAACUGCGGGCCCUGGUAUAGCGACAGUAAUGGGAACAGUCGGGUACCCAGUCCUAACCCAGCCUCUGGUAUGCCGACGACCAAUCAGAGAGCACCGCGGCCCGCAUCGCUUACGGUGCCUUCGGUAAUGGGUCACGACUCCAGCUCGCUGUCUCACGGCAGCGCGGGAAGUCUGGUGGAGGCGGUUCUAAUAUCGGAAGGGUUGGGUCAGUUCGCGCAAGACCCCUCCUUCAUCGAGGCCACCAAGGCUGAACUGGCCGACGCCUGCGACAUGACCAUCGAAGAGAUGGAGCACGCGGCCAGCAACAUCCUCAAUGGCAACACGGCCGCCGCCGCGCCGGAGCCCCCCGCCGCCUCGCAGCACAGUCCCAACGGAAACCUCCCGCCCUUCCACAGAGACCGAGGGACGGACGAGGGCGGAGAGACCGGUGGGAGCAGAGGCUCCGUCCACGGGCCGUCCUCUUCGGAAGAGCGGCAGGAGCUGCUGGCGGGGAUACGGGGACACGAGGAAGAGGAGGAGGAGGAGGAGGAAGAGGAAGAGCUCUGCUCGAGGGAGGACGAACACCACAGAAGCUCCGUUGUAACAGGAGGAGCGCGGCAGAGGACCAGCGUACUGCCGGAGGACGAGGACAUGGAGUGCGUGACCAGCUUGUAG